GGGGCUUUUUUUUCUUGUAUAUAUAAAAAGACAAUUACCCUUCAUCCGUCUUUCUUUUUUUUUUCCCCCACCGCCUCCCUUUACUUUUAAUAUAGAUAAAUGAUAACUAAAUUAUUCCAAAGUAAGCAAAGUCAAAGGAUUCUAACAAGAAACUAUGUAAGUACAAUUGGUAUUCGAAGAGAAGAUAAAAGUAGAUGGGAGCGUCGAUCUGCUUUGACACCAGAAACAGUCAAGAAGUUAAUUGAAGAGACAGGAACUCAAGUUUAUGUUCAACCAAGUACGAAGCGUAUCUUUACAGAUGCUUCAUAUGAAAAGGUAGGAGCCGUUGUUACAGACGAUCUUACAAAGGCAGAUAUCAUCUUGGGCAUCAAAGAAGUACCUGAAAAAUCUUUAUUAAAUGAUAAAACCUAUCUUUUCUUUUCUCAUACUCAUAAAGGAAAUUUGAAAAAUAUGCCAAUGUUACAAAGCAUUCUUGACAAAAAAAUUCGUUUAAUUGAUUAUGAAUUGUUGAAAGAUGAAAGUGGGAAAAGAUUAGUUGCAUUUGGUGAAUUUGCAGGAAAAGCAGGUAUGAUUGAUAUCCUUCACGGUAUGGGACAUCGCUUUUUAGGAUUAGGUUAUAGCACACCUUUUAUGUAUACUUCUAUGGCGCAUGGUUAUCCAACAAUAGCAAAUGCAAAAGCUUCUUUACGUCAAAUGGGUGAUUUUAUUAAAAAAGAUGGAACACCUAAAGACUUUGGUCCUAUAAUUUUUGGAUUUACUGGAUCUGGUAAUGUUUCUCAGGGUGCAAUGGAAAUGUUCAAGGAAUUACCACAUGAAAUAGUUUCUGUUAAAGAUCUUCCUUGUUUAGUAAACGAUAAAAAUCCCAGACUUGAUCGAUUAUAUGCAACUCAGUUAAAUGCAACAGAUUACAUUGAAUAUAAAAAGGAUAAUAAGCCUUUAAAAGACUUUGAAGAUUACUUGAUAAAUCCACAUAAAUAUCAAUCUAAUUUUCAUGACAAGAUUGCUCCUUAUGUUAACUGUGUGGUUACUGGUGCCUACUGGGAUAAAAGAUAUCCUCGUUUAAUGACAAAUAAACAGUUAUUGGAAUUCGAAAUGUCAAAAAAAUCGGGCAUAAUUAAGCAAGGAAAAAUGAUGAGUUUAGGUGAUAUUGUGUGCGACAUAAAGGGUGCAUUUGAAUGCUUAUCCCAUUGUACGAACAUAGAAGAUGGUUUCUUUUAUUAUGAUGCAAUUAACGAUAUGGAACAUAAAAAUGCUGAAGGCAAUGGUGUUCAAAUAAUGGGUAUUGAUAUACUACCUGCCGAGUUUCCUGUAGAAAGCAGCCAAUUAUUUAGUGAAAAGCUUUAUCCAUAUAUUAAAGAAAUGAUAGUUAAUACUACAUCGAAUACUAGUCUUCAAGAUUUACCAUCUGUAUUACAAAAUGCUACCAUAGCUAAUGUGGGAAAAUUAACAAAACCUCAUGAAGGAUUAAAGGAAUUCUUACCAUCCAAAACUACACCAAAUGGAAAUGGUAAAAAGACAGUUCUUUUACUAGGUUCAGGUAUGGUGGCUGGACCUUUAGUUGAACAUUUGGCUAGACGACCUGAUGUUAAUAUAGUUGUUGCUAGUAAUGUUCUUGAAGAAGCUAAAGCUUUAACAGCGAAUUACAAUAAUGCUGAAACAGCUUUACUAGAUAUUAAUAAUCAUGGAGAACUAUCCAGACUUGUUAGUUUAGCUGAUGUUGUAAUUAGUCUUGUUCCUGCAUUCUUACAUACUCAAGUUGCUAAUAUUUGUGUUGAACAAAGAAAAGAUAUGGUAACAGCAAGUUAUGUUUCCAAAGAAAUGGAAGAACUUGAAUCAAGAGCAAAUAAGGCAGGUAUUUUGAUUAUGAACGAAGUUGGCUUAGAUCCUGGUAUCGAUCAUAUGUCAGCAAUGAAGAUUAUUGAUGAAGCAAAGAACAAAGGAGCAAAAAUCCAAUCUUUUGUAUCAUGGUGCGGUGGACUCCCUGCCCCUGAAGCGUCCAAUGUACCGCUUGGAUAUAAAUUUAGUUGGUCUCCCCGUGGCGUAUUGACAGCAAGUGGCAAUGAUGCUAUCUAUUGGGCAAAUGGAAAGAAACAUACAAUAUCCGGUAGUCAUUUAUUAAAGGACCAUUUCCCACUUGUACAAACUCCUUUUGCCGGUUUUGUAUUUGAAGGGUUAGCAAAUAGAAAUUCACUAAGCUAUGCAGACAUUUAUGGUUUAGGUGAUUUAAAAGAAAUGAAUACAAUGUUUCGAGGCACUUUGAGAUACCAGGGAUAUUCUGAUCUUUUAUAUGCUUUUCGUAAGCUGGGAUUUUUAGAACAAUCAAAACCUAUAGCUGAUCAAUGUAGUAAUUGGUCAAAUUACUUUGACCUUAUCUUGUCCGGCAAGAGUGAUCCUAUGACAUUAGAAGAGAAGUAUCAAUGUGUAGCAAACAAGCUAGGUUUACCUAAAGAUCAUUUCAUGGUUCAAAAGACAUGGUCUGCUAUUCAUUAUUUCUUAUCUACUGAGACUAAGAUAAACACUCGACAAGGAACAAGUUCUCUUGAUCUCUUUUCAAGUCUUUUAGCAGAUAGAUUAAAAUAUGAGAAGGGAGAAAAGAAUAUGGUUGCAAUGCAUCAUGAAUUCGGUAUUGUACAUCAUUCUGGCAAGAAAGAAAUAUUAACUUCAACCUUAAUCAAGUAUGGUAAUGAAAAGUUUACAGCUAUGGCCGAAACUGUUGGUUUACCUACAGCUAUGGCAGUUGAACUCAUUUUAGACAAUAAGAUCCCAGAAAGGGGUAUACAAAGACCUACUCAACCUCACGUGUAUCUUCCUAUUUUAGAACAACUUGAAUUAAAAGACAUUAAGUUUAUUGAAAGUACUCAACCCUUUACUUCUAAUAAUCAAUUAAAGAAUGCUACAGGUUCUAAUACUUGGUAAUAAAAUUUAUGUUGUUAUGACACACACACACACACACACUCUCUCUCUCUCUCUUUCUUUCUUUCUUUCUUUUUUCUUUUUUCUUUUUAGUUGUAUAGCACAU